AUGCCGCGCUCCUUCCUGGUGAAAACGCACUCCAGCCACAGAGUCCCCAACUACAGGCAACUAGAGACGCAGAAAGGGAUCAGAGGAGCCUGCUCUGCCUGUGGGGGGCAGGUGGUGCCCCUCCCCCUUGACGAGGCGGCCCCACACACACCCGGUGACCUUCCCCAGCCCUGGCACUGCACCACCACCAUUGCGUGCAUCUCCCUGCCCUUCCUGCCACUGCAUGAGGGAGCUCUGGGGGCCCCAGGGCCAGACUCGCUGGAAAUCCGGCAGGUGGACCCUCGGGCUGGCCGGGCCCCCAGCAUACCUCUCAAAGACAGCCUGAACCACUUCAACCUGCCCCCGCUGCUGGCGCUGUGGCCCCCGCUCCUGGGCCCAGACAGGGAUGGGGCCCCUGAAAAACUGCUCAGGGCUGAGCGGACACCCCGAGCCCCUGGGGGCUUUGAGUGCUCUGACUGCCACAAGCCCUACCACACGCCAGCAGGGUUGGCCAGGCACCGCCAGCUGCAUUGCCAUGCACAAGCCGGGCGCGUCUUCUCCUGCAAGCACUGUGACAAGGAGUACGCCAGCCUCGGUGCUCUCAAGAUGCACAUCCGCACACACACGCUGCCCUGCGUCUGCGCCGUCUGUGGCAAGGCCUUCUCCAGGCCCUGGCUGCUACAGGGCCACCUCCGGACCCACACAGGGGAGAAGCCCUACACCUGCCCCCACUGCAGCAGGGCCUUUGCUGACCGCUCCAACCUGCGGGCACAUCUGCAGACACACUCGGACACCAAGAGGUACCCAUGCCCGGGCUGUGCCAGGACCUUCUCUCGCAUGUCACUGUUGGCACGGCAUGAGGAGUCUGGCUGCUGCCCUGGCCCUUGAG